GAACCCGCUCAGCUGUUCCGGCAAUGGCGCUGCCCUGGCUACUGUGUUCUCUGCUGCUUGCGGCUCUGCUCAGCCCGGGCCAGGCGGACUCCGGCACAGAGGAGUAUCUGAAGCGAGAGCACAGCUUGGUGAAACCCUACCAGGGUGUGGGAGCCACGGGUUCUAACACUCACUGGGACCUCCAGGGAAACACAAUGGUGACCUCCCAUUUUAUCCGACUGACCCCCGAUCUCCAGAGCAAACAGGGAGCCAUCUGGAAUCGUGUAGCCUGUUUAAUGCAAGACUGGGAGGUGCAGGUUCACUUCAAAAUUCAUGGCCAAGGGAAAAAAAAUCUGAAUGGUGACGGGUUUGCGAUAUGGUACACCAAAGAUCGCAUGCAACCAGGUACGGUGUUCGGAAGUAAGGAUCUGUUCUCCGGACUGGGAAUAUUCAUGGAUACCUACCCCAACGAGGAGAAACAGCAGGAGCGAAUUUUCCCGUACAUCUCGGCCAUGGUGAACAAUGGGAGCCUGUCGUACGAUCACUCACGAGAUGGACGGCCCAUCACCAUCGGAGGGUGCACCGCCCUCGUGCGCAAUCUCAAUCACGACACCUUUGUGGUGAUCCGGUACCUGAAACGGAGGCUCACGGUCAUGAUCAACAUUGAAGGCAAGAAUGAGUGGAAAGAUUGCAUUGACAUUCCUGGUGUCAAACUGCCUUUGGGCUACUACUUUGGGAUCUCAUCAGCGACUGGCGAUUUGACCGAUAAUCAUGACGUUAUAUCAGUAAAGGUCUACCAACUGACAGUGCAACGAACAGCUGAGGAGACUGAAUUGGAUGACGUCGUGCUAGUUCCAAGUGUGGAUAACCUCAAGUUUGAAGAUGAUGACCUGGAUUACGAGCCGAUGAGUGGUUUGACCCUGUUCUUCAUUGUUUUCUUCUCCCUCGUUGGCCUGAUGGUGCUGGCCGUGAUCGGCAUCAUCGUGUUCCAGAAGUGGCAAGAACAGAGCCGAAAGCGUUUUUACUGAGGCCCUGCUGAGGAGACCACGUUUCAGACUCAGAACCUUGGGGAGAGGAGGGAGCACAGGUUUAUUUUCCUCAUCUCUGGUGUCUUCGGCUCAUUGCCAACUGCAGUUCUUUGAUCUUGCUUCCAACUCUACAGAGUACAGUUGGAAAACUGUAUUGUGAACUCGUUCACUGCUAACUAAGAUUAUGGGACCAACUGACUAUCAGUGAUAGGCAAAAAAAAACACCUUCAUCAGAAGAGGUUUCAACAAGAAGAAAAUCCAUGAGGCAAAAUUGUUGGUAUUUCUGUUUUUGUCCCUCUUUCCAGAUGUGUUUGAUACAUUUAAAAUGUCUUUCGUGUGUGUGUGUGUGUGUGUGUGUGUGUGUGUAUGUAUGUCAAGAGGUAUAUAUGGGUUGCUGUGACUAGUGUCCACAAUCUUUCUUCCCCAACUUGAAAAUAAUCUUGCAGAGUUCCUCCAGACCAGACCGUGGCUUUUGCAGAGUUCAAGAACAGGUUUGCCAGUUCAAAAACAGAAGUCAAAUUGAGGAAGAAUAUCAUCUCUCGAACUGUUCCCCUUUGUCCUUACAUAAAUCACUCAGGAUUUGGCGCGUAGUCUGUUGUUGAUUGGAUCCAGCAUGAGUUUUUUUUUUAAAUUUCAAUUUGCGAUUUCCACUUUGGUGAAAAUGCAUGGCCUUUUUGAUUUUGGGAAAGGACAGGAAAGGGGGAUUUUGGGACAGUUGGUGAUUUGUUUGAGAGAGCUCCAAUGUCUGCCUUCAUUUCCUUUUUUUUUAAAUGUUCCUCCCCCCCCCGCCCCUGUUUGCAUCAAAAGGCACUACAGUCACAGAAAAGUUGUUUUUUUUCCCUUUCCGGUGAACCUUCCUCUCAAUGUGCGGAGUUGGCUGUGUUGACUUGAUGGCAUUGUGUGUCAGGCUGGCUCCAAACAGUCAGGAUGAGUUCACCCUUGCGAGGUUGCUGGGGCUGUGAGCCACGAUGAGUGCUGUCUUGAGCCAAGCCCCUUGUCUGCACAGGGCGGUGGGGUGGUUGUAAAUUCCUGGGCUGUCACAACGGGAGCUGCUGGGACCAGUCAGGUUUUGACAAUCCGUGUUUGUGAGUUAGGUGAGCUGUGGUUGCAUGUCCUCCUGUUAAAUGAUUCCUGAUUUUAAUGUGAAACCGUGAGAAUGAUGGGCUGAGAGAGAAUGCAUUGACAUUAACUUUUUAAAACUUUAGUUGCUCGUCAUUGGAAGAGGAGGGACGUUGUCUCUCUCUCUCUCUCAUCAAAUCUUCAUUUCCCUGCAAUUUGAUGAGAUUUUCUUGCGCACUCCUGGACUAAACCACGCUGCAGACAAAUUGAGAGAGCCACGCUUAAAAUUGGAUUCUGAGAGUCUUCUGGAGGUGCCCAUGCCCAUGAACCUGCCUGAACAAAGGGGCUCCAUUUGCUGAGGGCACUGCUGAGAGGUGUAGCUGUGAAAGGGAGUGUGUUCAUGCAUGAGUGAAAGUAGAGGAUUACAGGGCUGAACCAGAUGGCAACACUAUUCAUUGCUGCUCACUCAGUGGAGUGUUCCAUCACUCUGGCACAGGCAGGAAAAUGCACACAAUACUGAAGAGGAGCUUUGCCUCUACAAUAGUGAAGUCAUCCCUCCUUCUCAUAACUGUAAACUGUGAGUCAGUGAUGUUGCAGUUCACACAUUCUCAAAAAUGUCAUCUUGCAAUUCUAUCCCACCUCCAAGUUGCACAACAGGCACUGAAAUACCUUGGAAUGCAGAGGUGGGAGCCUAUUUCUUCACAGCCAGCUCCUGUCAGUAGCAAAAUGAUCAUGACCAGAUCGCACAUUUCUUUCUCAGGUGUUGGUUGAAUCAGAAUCUUGCUCUGUGAUCUGGAUCUUUCGGGCACAGGCACAACGGUUUGAGAAUGGCAAUUUUAUCUGAAAGGAAUGGGACUGGAAGCUCUGACUCUUCCAACAUCAAGUGUCCAACCCGACGCUGCUGCUGUGUGAUCAGUGAAGGAAAUAUGUCACUCACUUUUUGUUGUCGAGUGAACUCUGUGACCUCAUUUGGGUUGGAAGGGCAGAACACAAAGGGAUAAAUCUGUUCGCUUCAAAAUAAAAGCAAGUGAGUCAGGGGAUUUGAGGGAUCCAUGUCAACAUAGCUGGAGUUCCGACUUGCUUCAGGAUGCGGAGAUGCAGGGUGGGGUGGGUUCAUGUUAAUCCCAGCCACAAUGGCUGUCCCUUGCUGAGUAUUACAUUUCAGCUUAACAACUGCAAACAGCCUGCAGACCAUGGAAACCGAGCCAACUGGUUAUUGUGUGGACGCUGUGGCUUUCGCAAGGUGUUGGGCAAAAACGCAAGCUUCUCUCUCCUGUAUUGACAAAGUCACUUGAGUUGAUUCAUAUCUAGUUCAUCACUGGAAUCAAUGAAGAUGCAAAUGUCAGCAUUAAAGUGUUUAUAACUACUGUACCAUUUUUUGUUUAGUCUAUGGGAUUACAGGUGUUUGGAUCAUCCGAAGUGGCAAAUAUCAGCUCUUAGCCAUCUAAGCAGUCUGUGCAGCUGAGUUCAGGAGUAUACGAUCUUGCUUGGGACAGAGCAAGGUGACUGACUUUUUUUUUUAAGUCUUUUAGCAUGAUCCAAAAGCCAGACAUACAGGAGUAUUGAUAAUUGCUUUUGUUGGUGAAUCUAUUAUCAGACCACUGUUCUUACAUGCUGCUGUAAUAAAUCCCAUCAGAA